UACAAUGGAUCCACACUUGCUUUCCUUGCUGCUCAUAGGCACCUGGUUAGGUUUAGGUUGCUGCAAGAACAAUUGCAGUUAUAUUAAACUUAUGAAUGCUAUAAAUGGUAAAUUUCCAUCUACGUUUGUACGCCCAACAAUGGUGUGGACAGAUAGAACUAACGUGACUUUGGAUCUGGCCUUGUACAGCAUCAUAGAUCUGGAUAUGCAACAGCAGAUAAUUACUACUUAUAUCUGGUUCUCAAUGUCUUGGAAAAAUGACUUUGUAAAUUGGGAUUCAAACACCUACUGCGGCAUUGAAAAAGUGGUAGUUUCUGAUACAUUAGUUUGGAGACCAGACCUAUACAUCUAUGAAAUGGUAGAUGAUGACGACAAAUCUCCGAAAAUCAACUACCUCAAAAUUUAUUACAACGGUAUUGUCACUAAUUCCAAGCCUCUUCGGAUAGCUGGUUCAUGUAGCAUGCAAAACUUUAAGUUCCCAUUUGAUGAGCAGAACUGUUCACUUACGUUUGGAUCUUAUGUAUAUAAUGACUUUGAAGUAUAUAUGAUGGCCGCAUCUAACUCAUCACAAGUAACAGAAAAUUCAAAAGACAUAUUUAGAACCAAAGGAGAUUGGAUUUUACUAAACAUCAUAGUCAGAAAUAAUCCACUGCCAUCUGGGAACUUUAAUCGUGUAACUUAUGAGAUCCAUAUAAAAAGAAACCCAAUAAUUUACGUAUUUAACCUAAUCCUUCCAGCCUGUUUUCUGGUAAUACUGGACAUUGCCAGCAUGUUUAUGGAGGGAACUGAGGGAAGACUCACCUUCAAAGUUACUAUUGUACUGGGGUUCUCAGUACUUCUGCUGAUCUUAAGCGGCAUGCUCCCUAAUUCUGAUACCCCACCCAUGUUGGGUAUAUUUUUCAGUGUCUGUAUGAUAAUGAUGGUGCUGAGUAUAGGGGGGUGCAUAUGCACAGUCUCUAUGAGGACAAAGUGUGCCACAGCCAGUGUCCCACUAUGGAUAAAAAAGUGGAUAAUUGGAUAUCUGGCUUGUGUCCUAUGUUACGAAACAAAGUUUAUCAAAGAACAUCUUGUCAAAGUGGUCUCCAGAAUCCAUACCUGUGAGCAUGACCAGAAGCCAACAAACAAAAUAGAAGUAGAGGAGAAAAGAAGAAAUCUCGCAGAUGAGGAUCCAAUAACCACAUCAGUGCAGAUUUUAAAUAAGAUGUUGGUGGGGAUUAAAAAGAUCCAUCAUGAGAUAGCUGUAUCAAAGCACAAAGAUGAUUCCAGCUUAGAGUUUUAUAUAGCAGCGAUGGUGCUGGACAGGUUUUUUCUGAUCAUUUACCUCAUCACAGUUAUCAUCACCACCAGUAUUAUGAUCAAUGCUUGGCUCUCAUAAGCCUUUCAAAGUAUAUCUGAUUAUAGUUAUAAUACAAAGAAAGGAAGGGGGGAAGAAAUUACAUGUUUAAGACUUUCCAUUAAAUAAUCUCCUGGUUUAUACCAACAUUUGUGCUAUUUGCAACUGCUAUUUUAUGUUAAAAAAGCAAUUUUGCUAAACUGGAAAUCGACUACUGCCCCCUCACUUACCUUUUGGAAAAAAUUAAUCAACGACGUGCUACCUAAGCAAAAACUAGUCUAUACCUCUAGAGGCUGCCCAACCAAGUUCAAUGCAGUGUGGGACACCUGGUUAUCUGUAUAACUCUGCCAGGCUCGCCAAAGCUCUAUAUACUCUCUCCUUCUUUCCUCUUUUCUUCUUUCCUUCUUUUUAAAUUUUUUUUUCUAUUGUUGUUUAAAAAUGUUA